GAGACGCAGGUGGAUGUUAGCGACGGAACUAGCGACUUCCGUUUGCGGCUACGGCGGCUGUGACGGUGUUUGUGGUUCCUCGUCUUCAAUCAAUCAGGAGUUUCAUCACAGUUUAAGCAAAGACUCAGUCAACUUCUCGGAUCUUAAAUGUCUGGUUUUGAUGAAAACGUUGACAAGACCUCUAAACGUUCUCGAAAGAGAGCUCUCUUUGAAUCAUGGUCAAGUCACUGGUUUACAAGAAGACACUACUGGCAAUAAUGAUAAUAACAAUGAUUCCUCACAGAACAACAACGUUUCAAGAGGUGGUUUGAGAGAAAGAAUCGCUGCUCGUGCUGGUUUCAAUACUCCAAAGCUAAACACUGAGAACAUCCGCUCUAACGCCGGCUUUUCCAUGGACUCUUCUAGUCUUCGUUCUCCUUGCUUAACCAUCUCUUCUCCUGGUCUUAGCCCUGCAACGCUCCUGGAGUCUCCUGUCUUCCUCUCUAACCCAUUGGCUCAACCUUCUCCAACUACAGGGAAGUUUCCGUUUCUUCCCGGUGUUAACAGUAAUGGAAUGUUUUCUGAUAAGGCGAAAGACGAGUUCUUUGAUAACAUUGGAGCAUCAUUCACCUUCCAACCUGUGUCAAGAUCCUCCUCCUCUUUCUUCCAAGGCGGAGGGACGGAGAUGGUGCCAGUUGAUUAUGGUAGCUACAACAACAGAUCUUCUCAUCAGUCCCCGGAAGAUGUAACUAAAAACGUAGGUUACACUGGCCAGAAGAGGAAGACGUCUGAGACCGUUGAUCACCAAGAAGAAGAAGAGGAAGUUGAAGAGGAGCAAAGACGUGGUGGUGACUCGAUGGUUGGUGGUGCGCCUGCAGAGGAUGGAUAUAACUGGAGGAAGUACGGACAGAAGCUAGUCAAAGGAAGUGAGUAUCCGCGAAGCUAUUACAAGUGCACUAACCCGAAUUGUCCGGUGAAGAAGAAGGUUGAGAGAUCAAGAGAAGGUCACAUUACUGAGAUUAUCUACAAAGGAGCUCAUAAUCACUCCAAACCUCCACCUAAUCGCCGCUCUGGAAUGCAAGUAGAUGGAACUGACCAAGCUGAACAACAACAGCAACAGCAGCAGCAGCAGAGAGAUUCUGCUCCAACGUGGGUUAAUUGUAAUAACACUCAACAACAAGUUGAGAGCAAUGAGAACAAUGUUCAAGAGGGAUUCGAAUAUGGAAACCAAUCUGGAUCAGUUCAAGCUCAAACCGGUGGAGGUCAGUUUGAGUCAGGUGAUGGUAAUGUUGGAGUGGUUGUGGUGGAUGCUUCAUCGACAUUCUCUAAUGAAGAAGACGAAGAUGAUAGGGGGACUCAUGGGAGUGCUUCCUUGGGUUAUGAUGGAGGUGGUGGAGGAGGAGGAGAAGGAGAUGAAUCCGAAUGGAAACUUGAAGCUUACGCAGCAGAGAUGAGUGGAGCAACAAGAGCUAUACGUGAGCCAAGAGUCGUUGUUCAGACAACGAGUGAUGUUGACAUUCUCGACGAUGGCUACCGCUGGAGAAAAUACGGACAGAAAGUUGUUAAAGGCAACCCAAACCCAAGGAGUUACUACAAAUGCACAGCUCCUGGAUGUACAGUGAGAAAACACGUGGAGAGAGCUUCUCAUGAUCUCAAAUCCGUUAUAACCACUUACGAAGGCAAACACAACCACGACGUCCCCGCCGCGCGCAACAGCAGCCACGGCGGCGGUGGAAACGGUAACAGCGGCGGUUCAGCCGCUCAGCCCCACCAUUUCCAUGAGCAGCCGCGUGGCAGAUACGAGAGACAGCUCACGGCCAGCAAUCAUCAGUCUCCGUUUGGACGUCCGUUUAGCUUCCAGCCGCAUUUGGGACCUCCUUCCGGUUACUCGUUCGGUUUAGGACAAACCGGUUUGGCUAAUCUUUCGCUACCUGGUUUAGGGUUUGGUCAAGGGAAGUUACCGGGUUUGCCUCACCCGUAUAUGACUCAACCGGGCGGGAUGAGUGAAGCGAUGAUGCAUAGUAGAGGGAUGGAGCCAAAGGUUGAACCGGUUUCGGAGACCGGACAAUCGGUUUAUAACCAGAUCAUGAGUAGAUUACCACAGAUUUGA